CUUCUGUAUGCUGCAGUGUGAACGCGAAAGUUCCAGAGUCGCGCCUGUUUUUAAAUACGCGAACGAUUGAAAUGAUCGAUUUAAAAAAAAUUGUGUAUACUUAGAAUGUAAUCAUUGUUUAAAGAGUCAAAUCACAAACUCAACAUUAAGUAUAUAAUCUUUAUUCUUUUCAAUAAGUUGUUCUAUAAAAAACGUGCAAAUAUACAAGUUAAUUUAUUGCAAAAGAAAAUGUGUUAAACAUAAAAGGAAAAUAUAAAAUCUAAACAAGGGAAUGGAAGAUAAAAUAAUAAACUUAGUCUUGAUUUAUAGAGUUUAAGAGGUUUCACAGUGUGGCCAAUUCCAACAAUAAAGACUUAAAAUCUAAUUAGUGUUGAGAAUUUUGUUAAAGUAAAUUUUAAACUAAAAUAAAUUACGUUUGAUAAUAACUUUUAGUUAUUCCAUAAUGUAUAUCUUUUAAGUGAGUGUUAAUAAUGUCAUAAUUGUGACAUACCACACACUCAUUAACAUAUCCAUACUUAUUCAGCAAAUUGAAGACAAUUAGCCUUAAGUCACUUAUGAGAUAUAAAAAUGUUAAAGCCACAGUUGUAGAAACAGCCAGUGGAAGAGGCUUUGAAAUAAUCAUGAAGAACUCAAGUAUAUCUCUGCUGCUGGAUGAGAACGAUCAGCUGGUGCGAUGCAUCACCGAGUAUCUGCAGAAAGGCCGCGCUACAGAGUGUGUGCAAUACCAGCAGAUUCUGCACCGCAACAUUGUGUAUUUGGGAACCAUAGCUGACGCCAGCACAGAGAUCCUGCCGGAGACUCAGACCUCAGACGACACCGCCAGUUAGAUUUGCUGCUAGAAGGAGUAUCACAUAUGUUACAAUAAAUGUGAGUGUACAGGUGUACAUUCAUAUGAGUUAAUAUAGAA